GAGUGUGUGUCAAGAGCAUUUUGUCGUAAAUUUAAAAGAACGUGCAGCAAAAGUUAAAAACAAACAAAACAAAACAUUUUUAGACGCUGGCGAAAAUGCCCGAAACGGAGACCAGAAGCACCGGCCAACGGGGUAGGCCCCGGAAGGCAGCCGCCGCGUUGCGCAAGAUCGCGCGCGUCUCCAACGACGAGGAUGAGAUGAUGGAAGCGGGAAACAACAAGGCAACGCAGCCGUUAAACCAAAGCAAAGCCGUGAAAACGAGCGAAACUGAGCAAAAGCACGAGCACGGACUGGACGAGGAUAUCGAAGAUGAGGAUGCCGAGCCCGUCGACCAUGAUCUGGACACUGAGGACGUGGAUGACGCCGAGGAGGAUGAUGAGGAAGAGGAGGAGGAGCCAGAGCCGGAACCGGAGCCGGACAGCAAUGAGGCAAGCGAUCCCGAUGAGCAAGUGGAGCCGCCUGCCUUCAGCCUGGCCACGCUCGGGCUGCAGCGCGUGGGCAGCGCUCCGCCGCCAAAACCGAAGACCCAAAAGGCGCCCAUCCUAACGCUGAACGCACGCGGCAUGCCCGCCCGCAUACGCAGGCCCAAUCCGCUCUUCUACGACGAGAACAUCAUCAAUGAUGAUAAGCCGUUGCGCGUCAGUCUGGCGCCCAAAAAGGGUUCGGCGCGCGGCUCCGGCGACAGUCCCAGCAAGCUGCUGACCACGCCCUCCAAGGUGCUAAAGAAACGCAAGGGCGUCGUCUCACGCUAUAUGCGCUCCAAUGAUAGCAACAAUGGCGCCUCCACAUCCAACUCAGCUGCAGAUGCGGCCGCCUCGGACACGCCCACAUCCGCGGGCAAGCAAAAGAAGACGCCGGCCAAGCUGCCGACGACACCAACAUCCGCCAGCAAGGCACAACAGCAGCAGCAUCAGCAGCAGCAUACGCAGCAGCAGCUUCCGCAGCUGGCGGGUCAUCUGCGACCUGGUCGUGGCGCCACGAGUGGCACGAAGGGCGCCGCAGCUGCUGCGGCCGCUGCCGCUGCCGAGGAAGCCGUACGCAAAGCGGAGGCCCAGGCGCUGGCCAACAAACGUUUGGGCCAAUCGAUUGGGCUGCGCCUGCGCAAUCUGCUCAAGCUGCCAAAGGCGCACAAAUGGGCCAUUGCCGAAUGGUUCUACUCGUACAUCGACAAGCCGCUCUUCGAUUGCAAAUACGAUUUCAUGAAUCAUGUUAAUGAGCUGGCGCCGCGUCUCGGCACACGGAAAUUGAAUCGCCACGAAUGGGUGAACAUCAGGCGACGCAUGGGUCGACCGCGACGCUGUUCGGCCGCCUUCUUUCAUGAGGAGCGGCGCGAGCUGGAGCGGAAGCGUCAGCUGAUGCGCACGCUGCAGUGCCGCAAGCCCGGCGAGCUCAAGGACACGCUGCUACUGGCAGAUAUGCCCGAAAAGAUACCGAUGCCGCUGCCAUUGGGCACCAAGGUGACGGCACGUUUGCGUGCGCCGCAGGACGGCAUCUUUGCGGGCACAGUGGCCGCCUAUGAUUCACUGAAUGCCAUGUAUCGUGUCACGUUCGAGCGACCCGGCCUGGGCACACAGUCGAUACCGGACUAUGAGAUUGUGUCCGAGAACUUUCACGAGAUGCUGCCGCUGCACAGCUUCACCAAAGACUUUCGGCCCAACUUGAUGAGCAUCUAUCAGACCAACAACAUGGGCUACACCACCAAUUUGGGCUUCACCACGAACCUGGCGAGCAGCUUUCAGGGCAAACGUCAUCCACUUGUCGCCGCCGGCAGCAACCAGAACAGCAACAAUCCGGCGACGACGACGCCGCAAAAGCAUCUGGCCAACAACAAUGCGGCGGCACGGAAUGCGCUCAGCAUGAAAUUGAACAAGAGUGAUCCGCUGCUGGGACAGGAUGCCAUCGGUGAGAGUCCGAUGAGAAUGCAGCUGGUGCGACAUCAUGGCUAUCCUAUGAAGCUGCUCGAGCAUUUGGUCUUGCUGCAGAACUAUAUUGCGCUGAAGGAGGAAAAGAUACAGCGGCUGAGCAAAAUGAACGACACCGCCGAGCUGGCCAUGGGCGAGCUGAUGGGCCAGGAGGAGGUCGCCGACCAUAGUCGCCGUCAAUUCCGCGAUGAUUUCCAGCGUCGCUAUGCCUCCAACAUUAUAUUUAUCGAACGGCUCAAUGGCGAUCUCAUGUACGAGCUGACCAAGGUGCAGGAGCUGUCCAGCAGCCUCACCCGCAAUCCCAAUGUCCAGGCCAUGAUAUCUCCGACGCUGUUGCGCGAGGAAUGUCGCGCCAAGGCCAGCCAAACCGUCGACGAGAUGAACAAGGGCGUUGUGAAAAGUGAACGGAUGGUCACGCUGCUCAAGAAUUUGACCACGCUGCUGAUUGUUACCCAGAAUCUGGAUAGCGAUUGGGAGGCGGGCGAGGUGAACAAGGUGCUCGAGGGCUGCAUCGAGGAGGUGCGCAGCAAUCUUGUGUCCAGCGCCAACAGUGAGGUGUUCCAGAAGAGCGUGCAGCUGCGACUCGAGUAUAUUGCUCUGGACAUCAAUCGGAACAUUGAGGAGCGCAGCUUCAGCCAGGCAUCCGCCGCUAAAUCACCAAAGUCAGCCAAAUCCGAAGCGGGCAAAGCGACUAACACAAAACGUACACCAUCAGCUGCUGCUCCGGCAAUGGACAAGGAUAAGCCAGAGCAGAGUUUGGAUGAAGCGAAAGAGAAACGCGAGAAAUCUAAGCAAUUAGUUGAGUCCGAUGUGGAGCCCAUGGAUGUGGACAGUGAACAAGAAGAUGAGACCAAGGCCGACGAGGAGAAAAAACAAAAUGACGAUGAAGAUGAUGCAGAUGCCGAUGCAGAUGCUGAUGCUGAUGCCGACGAUGCAGAUGCAGAUGCAGAUGCAGAUGCCGAUGACUCGGAUGCGGUGGAUAAGCCAGAGAAAACAGCAGCAGCUGAGGUGGAUGCCACAAAUGCCGAUGAUUGUGCCGAGGAUACGCAAAUAACCAUCGAAUCCAUGAAGGAGUCAGAAGAUGAGAGUCAGUCGCAUGACGAAAAGGAUGAGGAUAAGACAGAAGGCGCUGUCAUUAAGGUGCUGGCUGCUGGCGACGAGUCUGACUCGCAAGAGUUCCAAUAUGAAAAGUAGCGAACAGCGAGAAGCAAGUAGCGAGUAAAGUUGCUAGUAACGAGUAGCGAGGAACGAGCAAGGGGUACAGUUGCUAGUAACGAGUAAAAAGUAGCGAAUAAAGUUGCUAGUAACGAGCAACGAGUAACGAUUAAAGAGUAGCGUGUUAAGUUGCUAGCAAUGGGCAACGAGUAAAGAGUAGCGAGUAAAGAGCCGCGAGUAAUGGGCAGCGAGUAACGAGACCUAGUAAUAUGCACUUGAGUUAAGCCUUAGAUACUUACAAUUCUUAACAGCCCCCCUCCCACCCCAGCAAGUGAAGCUUACGUUAUGCAGCGUCAUAUAUUUUAUAUAGAUAUAACGUUGUUUUUUUUUUUUUUAUUAUUAAUAUUAAUCAAUUUUUCUAUUUCGAUUGCUAAUAUACAAAUUGUAUAUCGAUUUAGGGCGUUACGGUCAAUUGUAAGCGAUUAUUGAUGAAACGCUCCUUUGUUAUAUAUACAUCGUAUAUAUAUAUGUCUAAAUAAAUAUAUAUAUAUACACAUAUAUUUCAAUUGUAAAUCAAAAUUUAUAUAUUAUUGGAUAGCAUCCACAUAAAUUUCUCUGUUAACAAUUGAAAUAUGUUUAAAUUGCAAACAAUUCUUUCGACUUAAAUAGGGCCUAUUUUUUUGUUUACAAAAAAAAACUAAAAUUGUGUUUUAUG